GUCUCGACAAGUCAACUUACUGCUGAAUCUCUCUUUUCAGGUGGUCGCUUUUUCCUGGGUACAUAGCGGUGAGUUGACUAUCUAUACACUGAUCUGGUUCUGCAUCCAGUGUGGCUGUUCAUCUGCACAACCGGCAACAUCCUCAACAUCCUUCUCCUGAGGAAAAUCAGAACAUUCCAGGCAACGUUUCUGGUGGCAGUGGCUGUUUUCGAUAUGAUAUUCAUGUGGUCGCUUUUUCCUGGGUACAUAGCGGCACAAGUAGGACAAGCCAAUAUCCACACCAUAUCCGUUCGGAGAUUUAUUUUUACAUGCUUAUGUAUUGGGACUGCUAGUAUGCAGUGCUCCGACUGGGUUCUUGUCGCGUUCAGCUUAACACGUUUGCUCAGCGUAAUCGAUCCCUUCGGAAUGGCGACACGUUUAACGCGCUGCCGAAUGCGGAUCGUCGUUCUGUGUUUCAUCCCGUUAGCCGUCGCCAACAACAUAUUUUAUAUGGUGGAUUAUGCCACCGAGGAUACCCGAAUGGCCAACGACACCUGGGUGAAGAACUGGCGCCAUCUGCAGAAUUCGGACGCUGAGCCGCGCCGUUAUCCACCCUCGUAGCUCUGCCGCUGAUUAACGCCGCGGUCAUUGGCAUUCUCAUUCAGCGACGCAUGCUACAUACGGCAACGGCAGCGGAUCAGCGUAUGGGAGUGGCCAACGGUCGCCAAUGGGUAUUGAAUAUCGAGAAGAAGAAGGGGAGCGCGACAGUCCGAUCACAUGGCCGCGACAAGCGGACAGGCACGACCGUGCGUCUGCUGACGGCCUCCGUCGUCAUGUUCCUUCUCUCCCGCAUCCCUUACGUCACGUGGCUGGCGAUUGUGCAAGCGGAGAAGCGAUGCCUGCUCCAUGUGACCGACGACCACAGUGUCGUGCCCAUAAUGCUUUCUACACAGUUUCAAUGUGCCAAUUACUCCAUUAACUUCCUGGUUUAUUGCGGCGUCAGUCGCCAGUUUUUUGCCCGCGCGCUGUGGAUGCUGCGCCACUGCCGGCAUCCGCAAUCCACCCGCCGUCAUUCAGAGGAACUGAAGAAGCCCGUCCAACUGCGAGAUAGUGCAUCGAGCAAUCAAGAUGCAGUAACGACAGCUAAUCGUGACCUCGCAAAAGGGGAAACACUGGAAGUAAGGAAAGGGAUGACUCCCACCAACGAGCGCGUCAAUCCUGCUGUGCGAUCAUGUCCGUCACGAGAGAGUAAACCGAAGACAGAAGGAACGCCCACGAACAGCAUCAAGCCGGAAGAAAGACGGCGGUGACCUUUGGGAACAUAGCAAGCCGCAGCCGAUUUGCUUUUUGAUUUGGUGCAGCAGAAGCACCGCAAAUUCAGGCAAGAAUAUUCCUGUUGAAGUAUGUCUGGUAGCAGAGGAAUUUCGAUGUAACCUGCUCCGCGAAUUUGCAGCUACAGAGCACAGCUUUUCGGGUGCUUGUAGUAAAACUUGUGGACUAUCACGUAAGACUCUGAAGGGGAUCGGAAUUGGCAACGCGGCCUGUUCCUACCCGAAAUCGUUUGGCACGAAUGCCCGUAUUGUAAAAACGUUGCCGCAAUGGAAAUGGGUCAAGUCACAAGUGAUAUGCCAUGAAGCACUGUAAAAGUCAGCUAGCAUAUCAGUACGACAGUACAGUAUCCACAUGAAGGCUAGAAAUUUCGUGAGUUAACUGAAAAAACGUGUCCUACAGCUUUUUUCAAGCAGUUUUUUAGUUUACCUGGUUUUAUUUAGCUGCUGGUCAAGAAAAUGCUACGGCUGAAUAAUCAGGUGAUGAUUUUAAUUUAAAAAUUGUGAUGUUUUCACUUUUUAGUUAUCGCAUAUACG